UAACAAGUGACGGGAAUCGAAAUUAGAGCUACGCUUAACCAACUGACGUAAUUUAAACUACUCCGUUUACACUAUCAUCAGGUCAUUUGGUUACGUUAAGUGAUUCCGGUACAUAAAGUCAGUUUGAGGUUACGUUAAUGUAACUAACGUAAGCUCCAUCGGGAACAGCCCAGACUGCGACUGCAGCUGCAGCCGUAUCAAACAACCUCCAACUAGUAGCAGCUUUCAAGGGAAAGAUGGCGACUAGAAUCCUUCAAAGAGUGGGCAAAGGCCUCAAACAGACGAAAAAUGGGCUUCAGACGAAAGGGCAGGUCACGGUUGUCGUAAGGAGCCUUUCAGCUUUCCGUGAAGACAGCUGGUUCAAGUCCCUAUUUGUUAGAAAGGUUGACCCCCGAAAGGAUGCUCACUCUCAUCUGCUCGCCAAGAAGGAAGACAACAAUCUGUACAAAAUACAGUUUCACAAUGUCAAGCCUGAGUGCCUUGAUGCUUACAAUGAACUUUGUGCGGGCGUUUUGCCUUCCAUUCACGCUGACCCUGAAUAUUCUUGCGAGCUUGUGGGCACCUGGAACACAUGGUACGGAGAGCAGGAUCAGGCAGUUCACCUGUGGAGAUAUCGGGGAGGAUACCCAGCUCUCACCGAGGUCAUGAACAAACUCAGGCAGAAUAAGGAGUUUACAGACUUCAGGAAAGAGAGGGGGAAGAUGUUGCUGUCUCGUAGGAACCAGCUGCUGCUGGAGUUCAGUUUCUGGAAUGAACCUGUCCCUCGUCCAGGACCCAACAUCUAUGAGCUCCGAUCAUACCAACUCAGGCCAGGAACGAUGAUCGAAUGGGGAAAUUACUGGGCACGUGCGAUUGAGUUUCGCCAGGAGAACCAAGAGGCAGUGGGAGGCUUUUUUUCACAGAUUGGAAGUCUGUACACUGUUCAUCAUCUAUGGGCUUACAAAGAUCUUCAGUCCAGAGAAAACACCAGAAAUUCAGCCUGGCAGCGUGAAGGCUGGGAUGAGGUUGUUUAUUACACAGUCCCUCUUAUACAGCACAUGGAAUCUAGAAUAAUGAUUCCCAUGAAGAAUUCGCCUUUGAUGUAACCACAACCACCAGGAGAAGCUCUCAACAGACACUGCAGCUGUUAAACUACACAUCUGUGGAGAGUGUAACCAACCAUCAGAGUGCACUGCCAGGGAAAUCUGCAUAACAUGUUUCAGUUUUUGUUUUCUUCUUUCUUUAUUCCACUUUUCUGUGUGGGGCUAGAAUGUCUUAUUUCAGAUGAUGAGGUAAAAACGGCUAUCAUCGAAACUAUAUCUGUUACUGUGAACUGUGUUACUGAUCCAUUAAUGCACUUUUUGUAGACAAAGUAUAAUUUGACAGGCCC